GUUCAGCGGGGAGGGCCGGGAAGCGGCGUGUGCCCCGCCGCUCUCCCCCGUCUGGGGAGCGCCGCCGGCGGCCGCUGCCACCCCCACAGGCCGCGGCUCCCCUUUGCCGGUGGCCACGGCCUCCCGGGCACAGGGCGGGGCCGGGGGAGGGCUGUCCCGCCUGCACCGCCCCCGUCUCCGCUCGGCCUGGGCCCGGCGUGGGGCCGCUGGCGGGCGGGGAGCGCCAUGGCGCUGGGCUCGGCGUGGAAGCAGAUGUCGUGGCUGUACUACCAGUACCUGCUGGUCACCGCGCUCUACAUGCUGGAGCCCUGGGAGCGCACCGUCUUCAGUAUCCUUCUGCCAGCCGGGCCCGGCGGGCCGGGGAGUGUGGGUCGUUUCUGCCAGGUGCCGUAUGGAUGCAGUGCGGACACGGUGGCCUUGGGAGCUAAUGGUGUGUGGCUGUGCUCCAGUACCAGAAGUGAGCACUGAUACGGAAAUGUGGAUUUAUGAGUUGACCUUCAUUUUAGUAUCUCUUACUGUAUAAUCCUCUGGGACUAUAAAUACUCCAAGCAGCUCUAACAGGCGCACCUCGUACCUCUGCUGUGCCGUGGGUGAGUCGCUCAUGGAGUGCGUUACGCCUGUGCUGUGCAGACUUGAUUUCAGGAAAGAGCCGAGCACAAGCAGCUCCUCUGGUUUCACCUGUGGAAACUGAGUACUGCUGCCUGGCGUUAUCAUCCUUGUUAAUCUCUCUGUGUUUUAUAGUGUUUCGGGCUAAGUUUACUGAAUCUCUGCAGGUAGCUGGAUGAAAUCAACAGCUGUUUAUUCAUUUUGUGUGCUUUUGAAUUUCUGAAAAUUUAACCUUUCUGAAACCAUAAUCUUUUAGUAAUCUGAUGCCAGAAUUUGUUUAUAUAAAGCUUCAAAAGCCAUAGAAUUUGUUUAUAUAAAGCUUCAAAACCAUAGAGCUUUACAAAAAUCCAACUGUACUUUAUAAGCUAUUGUGUCAGUUCUCUAUAUAAGUUUUACAAAAGUUCCCUGUUAGUUCAGCUAAUAAAGUGGUUGUCUGCACAUUUUUCAGCUGAUAGCUUCAUGUGAAGUUUAUUUUGCAGUGCAGUCUCAUAUAGUAAAGUACUAAUGAGUGUGUUUAUUUAAGUAAACACCAUGACUCAAAGCUAUGCUAAAACUCUGAGGCUUUGUGAAUGAAGUAGUUAGAAAACAUCUAAUGCUGUCUGCUUAAAAAGGAGGUCAUCCACAAAUAAAACCAGUGUUAUUCAGUAAAGCUGCUCAUAUUAUUGUAGUUUUGUUUUAUUUUGGAUUUUUGGGGUGCUUGACUUUUUCUGCUUGGCUGAAUGGGGCCGGCUUCUGCAAGACUUGCUUAACAUCUGAGAAGAUGAAUGUGAAAACAUGUGUUUUCUCAGUGCCCAUCUGAGUUUUCUGUUCUCCAUCACACUUUCCAUGCUCUGGCCUGUCCUCUUGCUUGACAAGGCAGUGGAUAACUGGCAAGGCAUCCUUUGCAGUUCAGCUGAUUGUUCUACUAGCAUUCUGUUUUUCAGUGUUCAGUUAUUUUGUGGUUUAUAAUUACUGAAUAUUGUUGAUCGUGUCUUUUUCAGAAACAUAAUGCUAAAAGAUAGUAACCACUAAAGUUUGAAUGCUAUUGUUUGUGAUGUCUUGUGCGGUUUCUAUUUCAGAUGCAUUUUUCCUCAACUGUA